AUGUCUGCCUGGGUCUGGAUCUUGGGCGCCGGUGCCACUGCUUUCUUCGGUCGCGCAGCACUCGUGGCAUUACGGAGAUCAGGUGGUGGAGCUGGAGCAUUAGGACGUGGAUACUACAAAGGCGGCUUCGAGCCCAAGAUGACACGGAGAGAGGCUGCUCUCAUAUUAGAGAUGCCCGAACGCGGCAUCACGAAAGAACUAUUACGAAAGAAGCACCGAUCGCUUAUGCUCCUCAACCACCCCGAUCGCGGCGGUAGCCCAUACCUUGCGACCAAGGUUAACGAAGCGAAAGAACUACUCGAGAAGGAGGUCAAGGGAUAA